AUGCAAAGUCAAAUUGCCGAAGAUCUUCAAGAACAACUUUUGGAUGUUCAAGAUCAAUUAACAAAAUUACGACAAAAAUAUAUAAAUUCUGAUAAACCCAAGCUUGAAGAUAAGAAUGAAGUCAGUAUUAAAAAAUACAAUGAUCUGAAAGUCAAAUAUCAAAAACUUAAAUCAAUUGAUGUUCACCUGAAGAAAGAAAUUCAAGAUUUGAAAUCAUCCAUUUCUGAGACAUCAAAAAUUAGUAAGCUUACGCAAGAUAGUGUGUCUGAAGGCAUAAACCCUCUAAAAAUUCAGAAUGAUUCGAUCAUUGAUUCUCCUGAAAAUGGAAUGUCAUCAGAAUAUUCACAAAAUUCAGCAAAUCAUAAUAAUUUUUCGAAAGAACUUAAAGUUGAAAGGCAUAGAAGGAUCAAUGCUCAAAAAGAAAUCAUUGCCCUGAAGAAAAACAUCAAAGAUUUGCAACAGAAACUUAAAUCAAAAGAAGAAAAAGAAACAACUAAUGAUGAUAUUGAAAUACUUAAUCAGAGAGCAGAUAAAGCAGAAAAUGAAGUUUUAGUGCAAAAAGCUCUUUAUUCUCAACUGAAACAGAAUUAUGAUACAUUAAUGCAAACAAUAUCUGUUUUAAGAUCUGAAAAUGCUGCAAUGCUUGACGAAAAAGGAAAACUUUUCGAAAAGAUUUCUUCAUUGGAAAAAUCUGUUAGAACAAGUGCUAACGAAUCAAUUGAAAAAGACGCAUAUAGACUUAAGUAUUCAGAUUCACUUUGUGAGAAAAGGAAUAUCGAACAAAAGUUUGAAGAAGCUCAAACUGAAAUAAAGAGAUUAAAUCAUGAGAUCAUAAGAUUAGAAGCGAUGUUGACAAAAACAAAAGAUGAGAACUAUAAAAAUACGGAGACCAUCAAAGUCUACGAGAAUGAUAUGCUCACAUUAAGCAGAUAUGGUUUUCUUCUUGCAGAUGCAUUAGGUCAAAGAUUCAAUCCUCAAAAUGUUGAGAUAGAAAUAGAACGUUUAUUAGAAAUUGUCAAAGAAGAACAUCAAGAAUAUAUGAUGUUCCAUCCACCUCAAUAUAGAGAAACUUGUUCUGAGUGUGGUAGACCUCUAUAUUAG